AGAUUUUAUACGAGUUUUAAAUUUGAACAAAUUGACAACGAAAAACUUCGUUUUUAUAUUGUAAGAAAACAAUUAACAUCAAAGUAAAAUGGUUUACAUAUCUCAAAGUGGCCAUUUACAUGAAACUGUUCCCAUGAAAAAAAAAAUUGUGGACACAUUUUGGGGUGUUAUUAACUUUGUUUCAUUUUUUGUUCAAAGUUUAAUAAGACCAAACUCGACUAGAUGGGGUAAUCAAUAUACAGUUACUUAUAGGCGCCCUGGUUCUUCCAAUGGGACUGUGAGACCUCAACGACGUUUUGGUGGAUUUGGCCCAAGUACAUCUGCUCCAGCUCCUCCAUCAACAUGUAGUAGCUGUAUGGGAUAAAUGUUUAUAAACUUAUUAUAUAAAUAUUAAUUCACCUUAUCUAAUUACUAUUAAUUAAUAAACAGAUAGAAAUUAUUCUAGUCUUAUAACAAAGUAAAAUUUAUUCUUUAACAUUAAGUUUUAUUAAAUAUUAUCGCAU